UUCUCGUGUCCCCUCUCUUUCUUCUCCUUAACACUUGAUAUACAUUCAACGUUCGCUUUAAGAGUAUCCCAUUCCACUCUACUGAUAUACUAGCUACAACAUACAUUACACUCUACGUACGAUGUGGAAAAGACGGACGUUGUCGCCACCCAACAGUAAAAGAUUUGUCUAUACACCGGAAGAGGAGAAACUUCUUCGGAAAAUCAAUAUAAUGACGGUUCCAUACAUAUGCGUCAUUUGUUUUCUGCAGUACCUAGACAAAACUAUUUUGAAUACUUCAUCAGUGAUGGGCCUCUUCGAAGAUACCAAGAUAACUGGCAACCAAUUCGGUUGGUUAGGGUCAAUAUAUUAUUUGGGUUAUUUAUCACUUCAGUUUCCGAACCAGUACUUGUUACAAAAAAUACCAAUCUCCAAAUAUUUGGGUACAGCACUCAUUGUGUGGGGCACUAUACUGGGCUGUACCGCUUUCGCCACAAACUUUGCUCAAAUGGCUGCUCUGCGUUUCCUUUUGGGCUUCGCUGAAGCUGCUAGCUAUCCCGCACUGUAUCUACUCGUCAGCAUUAUAUAUCGGCGUUCCGAGCAAGUAACCUGGUUUGGUGUGAUCCAGAUGAGCAGCGCCUUUGCUGGUGCUUUUGGAGGCCUGAUUAGUUUUGGCUUUUUAAGAAAUAUGAACGGCGUAUAUGGAUUAAGCGCAUGGAAAUGGAACAUGAUAAUUUUGGGCGCAAUAACUGUUGGUGUCGGCAUUUGCACCUUUCUUUUCCUGCCUGAUACAGCUAAAUCGCGAUGGUACAGACUCACUCUUCAAGAAACUCAAAUUGUGGACGAACGAAUACGUGACAAUACAGUGGUCCAAAACAAAAAGAUCAAAAGCGAGCAGUUGCUGGAGGCAAUAAAAGAGCCACGCUUUUACUGUAUGUCUCUGAUACCCUUUUUCGAUAACAUGGUAAAUGGCGUUACGUCGAUUUUUAGCACCCUCAUUAUCAAGAGUAUGGGCUUCUCGAAUUUGGAAUCGACAUUGCUGAACAUCCCUCUUGGUAUCACUUCUGCCAUUCUUGACUUUACUGCCAUAUAUCUCAGUCAUCGCUAUAACGAAAACUGCUAUGUCGGCUGCUUGAUGGCAUUUAUCGUUGUUAUUGGACUCUUGCUGCUCGUUGUGCUCCCGACAGGUGGCGUAAUGCUCAUGGGGAUUUUCAUCUUAAGUAUUGGUUCGGUUGACAUAUUUCCAGCACUACUUGUUGCAAACAACGUUAAUGGCUACAGCAAGAAAGUUCUGUACAAUAGUGCCAAUCUGGUAUCCUAUUGCCUUGGGAACUUUGUUGGUCCGCUUUUAAUGCGAGAGGAGCAAGCACCACGAUAUCUGGGUGGCAUGAUAACCUAUUUGGUCGUGAUGCUGCUUGUAACUUUCUUGUUCCUUUACGUACGGUGGACUUACGUGCAGGAUAACCAAUACCGAUUACACUUGAAAGCAGAAGAAAGCCAACAAGUGCCACUACCAUCUAUGAAGGAGGAUUGUAAACCUGUGGAUUGCACAGACAAACAAGAUUUACUCUUUUUGUACCGUCCAUAGCUUUUAUAAACCAGCUAUUGAAUUUCUUAUUUCUGCAGAAACCAUCAUAUACGAAAAACAAAACAUAUAUUUCCUUAAUUGCAGAUAGUUUGCUGCUGUUAUCCCAUUUUCUUUGCAAACGGUGCUUUACAUUCGUGGGCGAAUCGAUAUUAUGUACUAAAUAAAUACCUAUAAAAAGUACUAGUGCG